AUGAUCUUUGAAAGAUUUAUUCUCUAUGUAAUUAUACGGCUUUAUCUAUCUAUCUAUCUAUCUAUCUAUCUAUCUAUAUCUAUGCUUCUUCCCUAUCUAUCUAUGACUCUUCACGUCUAUAUCUCUUCACAUCUAUCUAAAUAUCUAUGUCUAUUCAUAUCUAUCUUAGUUUGUUCAUAUCUAUCUAUCUAUCUAUCUAUCUAUCUAUCUAUCUAUCUUGUAUGUUCAUAUCUAUCUAUCUAUCUAUCUAUCUAUCUAUCUAUCUAUCUAUCUAUCUGUCUGUCUUUUAAUUCUUUCUUUCUUUUUUCUUUCUUUCUUUCUUUCUUUCUUUCUUUCUUUCUAUCUAUCUAUCUGGUUUCUUGGGAAGUUGAUCUUAACAGGCAAGGACAGAUUGGGACUUGGCAUGUUCGACCAAUCCUUUUAUCCUUUUUUACACCUUCGUUCUUGUCUAUUUCCUCCGCCGUUCCCCUUUUCAAAGAAGAAGAACGUGAUGGUGACAUGUCUUCCACUUCCAUCUCAAUCUCCAUCUCUUGUUGCUGCAUUUUCUGGUGUUGCAUUUCCUGCUGCCGCAUUUCCUUUGCUGAAGUUACUGCACCUGUUGCUGCUGCUGUGGAUUCAGCUCCUGCAAUCGCUACACUACUUGCUGAUGCUGUUGUUGUUUGUGCAACUUCUGCUGCUUCUGCUGCCGCUGUAGUUGCUCCUUCUGUGGUUGUCGUUGCUUCUCUUGUUUCUGCGACUGCUGCUUUGAACCCUGCUUCUGCAGGUUAUCCACUCGUCCAUGAAGGACAUUCUGUUGAGGGAAAUAUCCCUACUAUCUAUCUAUCUAUCUAUCUACCUAUCUAUCUAUCUAUCUAUCUCCAUCCUAUUACUAUCUAUCUAUCUAUCUAUCUAUCUAUCUGA